AUGACAGUCCUCUACCCGCCUCACUUACACUCAGACCACAGAGAGUCCUCUACCUGUCUCACUACACCCAGGCCACAGACAGUCCUCUACCUGCCUCACCACACCCAGGCCAUAGACAGUCCUCUACCUGCCUCACCACACCCAGGCCAUAGACAGUCCCCUACCUGUCUCACUACACCCAGGCCACAGACAGUCCUCUACCUGCCUCACUAUACCCAGACCACAGACAGUCCUCUACCUGCCUCACUACACCCAAACGACAGACAGUCCUCUACCUGCCUCACCACAGAUGGUCCUCUACCUGCCUCACCACAGACAGUCCUCUACCUGCCUCACUACACACAGACCACAAACAGUCUUAUACCUGCCUCACCAUACCCAGACCACAGACAGUCCUCUACCUGCCUCACCACAUCCAGACCACAAACAGUCCUCUACCUGCCUCACCACACCCAGACCACAGACAGUCCUCUACCUGCCUCACUUACACCCAGACCACAGACAGUCCUCUACCUGCCUCACCACACCCAGACCACAGACAGUCCCCUACCUGCCUCACCACACCCAGGCCACAGACAGUCCUCCACCUGCCUCACUACACCCAGACCACAGACAGUCCUCUACCUGCUUCACUACACCCAAACCACAGACAGUCCUCUACCUGCCUCACCACAGAGAGUCCUCUACCUGCCUCACCACAGACAGUCCUCUACCUGCCUCACUACACACAGACCACAAACAGUCUUAUACCUGCCUCACCACACCCAGACCACAAACAGUCCUCUACCUGCCUCACCACACCCAGGCCACAGACAGUACUCCACCUGCCCCACCACCAACAGUCCUGUAUCUGCCUCACCACACCCAAACCACAACCCGUAUACAGCCUCACCAACAACAACCAGUAAACAUCCUCACCAACCACAACCAGUACACUGCCUCACCAACCACUACACGGCCUCACCAACCACAACCACUACACGGCCUCAACAACCACAACCACUACACGGCCUCAACACACCCAAAUCACCACAAAAACAUCAGCCCUGUUUGUCUCUUAAUAUGAACUUAUCGCUCCCAGACGAGUAA